AACUCGCACGCUCCAUUUUUCUCCGUCGUUCUGCCAUGGGUCGUUGGUCUCAGGUUGACGAUGAUUCGUAUCGUUUGCCCGAAGGCAUGAAGCGGGUGGGCUAUGACGCCGAUCAAGGUCGUUAUUACUUUCGCGACAAGGAUGGACAACUGUAUCAGGGCCCUGAGGGCUCAGAGUACGGCGAGCUAACCCCUAUCGCUGAUGCACCCAUCGCUAUUGCACCUGAAGGCGAGGACAACGAUAUAGAGGCUGCACCUAGACGCGCAGACGGUUACCAGUCGCUCGCUUCUGAUGAGUACGGCAAUCGUUCCCACUACAGAAAUCCCUACCGCACCUUGUUCCCCUUCUUCCUCGUCAUCGCUGUCGUUCUCCUCCUCGUCUGGCGUCUCGUCCUCCUUCCCACUAAUAAACCCCCUCCUCCGUGUCCCGAACGCACGCUGCCUUACCGGAUCCAAUCCGGCGACACGUGCUGGGACAUCGCUAACCAGCACAAUUCGUCGCUUGAGAAGCUCAAGAAUGCAAACCCAAAGACGAACUGCGACAAGCUCAUCCCCGGCGAGCGCCUCUGCGUUCCUGAGGAGACGUUGGCAAGGCGCAGACGCAACAUCAAAUCCUAAGAGUUCGCUUACGCGUCCAUCGCUUUUCCGCACUGCAUAUAUCUGCGGAGUUCUCUUUCUCUCAUGUCUUUCAUUCGCACUUUGUACUAUAUUCUACAGCUGCUAUCGCUCACAUAACCCAUGCAUGGAUACGCCAUUCAUACAUUUACGGAUCUAAACCCUCUAUUGUCGUCAUCUCUUGCAUUCUCAUCUUGAUCAUAACAUUCGUUUCCCUAUGUCUUCGCUCAUCCUACAGCCCAUGUAACAUUACUCUCGCAUUGUUCCUUCUUUCGAGUUUAUGCAUAAAUCAAAACGUGGCCUCCAACGUGGCCUACAC